UGCGCAGUUCGGCCCUGUUGUUGAUUUUGUUAUGACAAUUCGAGGCCUCGGACUAAAUUAGAAGCAGGCCGCCGUCUCAGUCCGGGUAAAUCCGAGAUGGAGGGCAUGGGCAUGGACCUGGACCUGGACCAGGAGCUCAUGCAGAAGUUUAGCUGCAUGGGCACAACAGACAAAGACAUCCUAAUAUCGGAAUUUCAGAGGCUCCUCGGGUUUCAACUCAACCCCGCUGGAUGCGCUUUCUUUCUGGACAUGACCAACUGGAAUUUACAGGCAGCCAUUGGUGCCUACUAUGACUUUGAGAGUCCCAACAUCAGUGCACCAUGCAUGUCCUUUGUGAAGGAUGUGACUAUUGGUGAAGGUGAAUCUGUUCCACCUGACACACCUUUUACAAAGACGUGGAGGAUACAGAACACAGGUGCAGAGUCAUGGCCUCCUGGGGUUUGUCUUAAGUAUGUUGGAGGAGAUCAGUUCGGCCAUGUAAAUAUGGUGAUGGUACGAUCUCUAGACCCCCAGGAAAUGACUGAUGUCAGUGUGCAGAUGCACAGCCCUGUGUCUCCUGGAAUGUAUCAGGGUCAGUGGAGAAUGUGCACGGCUACUGGACUUUACUACGGCGAUGUAAUUUGGGUGAUACUAAGUGUAGAAGUUGGAGGCCUCCUUGGUGUCACGCAGCAACUCUCCUCCUUUCAAGCUGAGUUUAACACGCAGCCCCACCGUAGCCUCGAAGGAGGGUACAACCCCUUUGCCUCACCAGAGAAAAGCAAGUGCCCCAACAGCAGCAACAACAACAGCUUCCAAGAUGAUGGCGUCGCAGACCAACAUUGGCAGGAAACCACUAACCAGCUACAACAAAAUCAGAAUGGACUUUCACACAACUCUGUGGAUUUAGUAGCAAAUAGUCUACAAAACAAUCUGUCAGUAGUAUCUUACAACCAGGGUAUACAGGAACCCUAUCCAUUUGGGCAGUCUUAAAUCAUGGGACUUGUCACGUUGGAGCAUCACUAAACUGUACCUCUGGAGUUUGACACACCAUUAAUUUAAAGAAGAGGCUUUAUUUGUAGCGGGUGGUGAGUGUGUAGAUUCCCAAACACUUUAUGCAAAAUCCAGCUACAACCAGAGGCCAACGCUCCACGUGCAGCCUAACCAACGUCCGAUACUACUGUAUGCACGUGUGAAUGCUAAGUUAAAAAUGAGUGCUAAGAGUUGUUUGGGUAUUUUCUUUUUUGGUCAGAGUGCAAAUGAAACAUUGACAGAAGUGUGUUAUUUGUGAACUUUUACGUACACAUGCAUUGUGCAAACUCAAAGAAAUACUUUGGAGGAAAAGCCAUUCACUUUGCCAACAGAUUCUCUAGGUUCUGCUCUUGACUAUAUAUCAAUUUGUUUUUCAUGACCAGUUCUUUGUAAUAUGAAAAUACGAUGUCCAAUUACCUGAAUAUCAUAUUUUACAUCUCACCUUAAUCUGUUAGUAAAUGCAUCUAGAAAAGGGAAAGCGCAGUGGAAGCCUGCUUGCUUUUGUAUUAUGUGUAGUGAUUUCCAUGCAGCAGCAGUUCUGGAGCAGUGUUGGUGUCCCCCACAGGAGGGAGCCAGCCAUUACUCAACAAGAUCUAGAAUAAAGAAACUACCAUGUUGCUCCAAAACACAGUACCACUAUUUUUUUGUUACUAUAAAUUAAAUUAAGACUGAAUAUGUUUUCUAUAGCAGUGAAGGUUUUCUUUAUGCCUUCUCUUGCAUUAAACAGAAUCAUAGGUGACUUUUUAAAAAAAUCACUUCAAACAUUUAUAAAAUAGUAAAGGGAUAUGAGUACAACACUUUUUAUUAGUCACUGUUUGGAUAUAAGAGUUUGCAGUGAAAUUAAUAGUUAUGCCCUCUGUCAUAAGCCGGCAUACCAUAAGACCAUAAGCCAUACGAACAGCAGUAAAGACAUCACUCUGCUCUAAAGUUCUUAGUUUAAAGCUGUUUUGGUUUUAUCAUGUUGAAAUGAAUGUAUCUGAUGAAUGUAGAUGGAGAAAACAUAUUAAUAUACCCAAAGGUUCUAUGUUGUAUUUUUACAUUGAACUGACAUUUUGUUAAUGUGAUAAAUGUUGUGGAUUUUCAUAUUUUUAUGGUUGAGAUGUUUAGACCCCCCCCCCCCAACACACACACACACAACCACAUGACCACCCCACACAUGACCACCCACCACCCAAAUACGACAGACAAACUUUUGUUUACCGAGGACCUACUUGCACUAACAGGCUGAUCUAUGCACUGAGCGAUGUGACCUCCACCUGAAGGCCGGUGUGAACUGUCCUCCUUCAUAAGUACAGUUAUGUCCUGGAGGGUUUGACAAAUCUGUCACCCACAGUGUCAUAGACCAUCAUCAGGUAAACAGCCUCUUCAAUAAGGUUGGAGCCUCUACACACUGGCUGAUGCAGGUUGUGCAUCUUCUGUGUGUAAUGUUAGUAGUAAAUGUUUGCCUGUUGUCAGUGUCAAUCCAUCAAGUGUGGGUUUUGUUCUUCGUGUAAUGUUGCUCUCAAGUUUCCACUGGCCAGAGUGCAGAAUGAAUCAGUUGGCACCAGACAGCACAUUAAUGAGAGAGGGGACGUACAAACAAACAAAAGCUUUGUUCCUAUAUGUUUGAUGAAUGUUUAUAUAAUUAAAUUAUCACUGAAAACAGUGUCUGUUUGCAGUCUCAAAAACCGAAAUCAAUUCAAGAUAUUCACACAUACCAAGUUCAAUUUUAUUGAAAAAAAUGUCCUACUAACUUACUCACCUGCAAUUAUAAAGCUCCUUCUUAUCUUAAAGACCUCAUAGUUCCUUAUGCUCCCAGCAGAACACUGCAGUUCUAGGCUACUUGUGGUUUCUAGAGUCUUUAAAUGUAGAAUGGGAGGCAGAGCCUUUAUUUUCCAAGCUCCUCUUCUGUGGAACCAGCUCCCUGUUCAGGGACACAAGCUGACACACUCUCGAGAUCAGGCUUAAAACCUUCCUUUUUGAUAAAGCUUAUAGUUAGAGAUGGUUCAGGUCACUGGCAAUGAUUGUUAGUCACAGGAACCAUCUCUUAGUUAAGCUGCAAUGGACAUAGACUGCUGGGGGACUUACAUUAUACACUGAGCUCCUCUCUUUCCUUCUACCUCUUCUGUACAAAAACCUCCCAUCAUGGUUCCAUGUUUAACUAACCUUGUCUCUUUCUCUCCAGUAGUUGUGCUUCUUCCCCACUCUCUCUCCCCCACUCUGUCCUCACCUACAGGUAUCAUUGGACUCAGAGCUCUGUGUCUGUGAUGGCCAGCUGCGAAUCCAACCAUCCUGCCUGUAUCCAGUCUCUAGUCCAACCGUCCUGCCUGUGCUCUGUUGUUGCUUGUUGUUGUUGCUGUGCUUUUCUCUCUCUCUAUCCUCUCACCCCAACCGGUCAAGGCAGUUGGCCGCCCACAUUCAGCCUGGUUCUGCUGGAGGUUUCUUCCCCGUUAAAAAGGGAGUUUUUCCUCUCCACUGUUGCUGUCAAAUUGUAAUUAAAGCUUGCUGUAUGUGGGAUUUGUUGGGUUUAGUUGUGUUAGGUCUUAAACCUUACUUUGUAAAGUGCCUUGAGACAACCUUGUUGUGAUUUGGUGCUAUAUAAAUAAAAUUGAAUUGAAUUGAGUUGAAUUUUA